AUGUCGGCCGCACCUGCUAGGCUUCAAAAGGAACUGACCAAUUUAACCAGCGCCAGCAACAACAAAAUAUUCAGAAAUGUGACGGUGGAUCCCUCAAACAUGCGUUUGUGGACGGGAUAUAUUAUUCCAGAAGAGCCUCCUUACAAUAAGGGUGCUUUCAAGAUUGAAAUCAACUUCCCUGCAGAGUAUCCUUUCAAACCUCCGAAAGUGACUUUCAGGACACCUAUCUAUCAUCCGAAUAUUGACGAGAAGGGUCAGAUUUGCUUGCCGAUAAUCAUUGCGGAAAAUUGGAAACCGGCCACCAAGAUCGAGCAUGUUGUGCAAGCUUUGGUCGCGAUGUUACACUCACCUGAAACUGAGCAUCCACUUCGUAGUGAUGUGGCAGAGGAAUACCAGAAGGACAUCAAAAAAUUUAUGAAGACGGCGGAGGAACACACGAGAAAAUUUGCGGAGAAACUGCCACCUCCCUAA